GGGUGGGUUCCGGCUGCUGGAUCUGACCCCAAGGGGGCAAAAGGCCGAGACGGAAGAGAAGGGGGGCUGUGGAGGACGCUGAGUCCUGAAGGCCUCUGUGUCCCCACGGCGCCCCCACGGCCCCCAGCAUCUCCCUCAGCCUCCUGACGACCUCCUCCUCCUCGGCAGAGUCUGGGAUGGACAAAGGCUUGGAGGGCAGCCCGCCAGGGCUUGGCCCGGCUCCGGGCAAAGCCGGGAGCCCGUUGCUCCUGUGCAAGGUGUGCGGCGACACCAGCAGCGGGAAGCACUACGGCAUCUACGCCUGCAACGGCUGCAGCGGCUUCUUCAAGCGCAGCGUCCGCCGGAAGCUGAUCUACAGAUGCCAGGCUGGCACCGGGAUGUGUCCAGUGGACAAAGCGCACAGGAACCAGUGCCAAGCUUGCCGCUUGAAGAGGUGCCUGCAGGCUGGAAUGAACAAGGACGCCGUGCAGAACGAGCGUCAGCCCCGGAGCACCGCCCAGGUUCACCUGGAGGCCAUAGACCUGGAGACAGAGCGGGCGCCGGAGCACUUGGCCACCGCGCGGGAGGGGCCCCUGCCGUCCUGCCCCCCGACUGUGCCGAGCCACAGGGGCCCCGCGGCUUGUUCUGUGAGUGGGGCGUCCAGGGCCCGGCCCCCCACCCCGCCCAGCAACCAUCGCUUCAUGGCCAGCCUGAUGACCGCCGAAACCUGCGCGAAGNNNNUGCCUUUUGCAGUUGAUGAGAACAUUGAUGUCACCACCAAUGAGCCUGAACGGCCAGCUGGUGGGGCUCGGGUGUCUCCGUCCUCCGCCGCCAGCCCUGAGAGCGUCUACGAAACCUCUGCCCGACUCCUCUUCAUGGCUGUGAAAUGGGCAAAGAACUUACCGGUCUUCUCCAACCUGCCCUUCAGAGACCAGGUGAUCCUCCUGGAGGAAGCCUGGAGCGAGCUGUUCUUGCUUUGUGCCAUCCAGUGGUCUUUGCCGCUAGAAAGCUGCCCUCUCCUUUCUGUGUCAGAGCUGGCCCCCACCCUCCCUGGGAAGCCAGCGUCCGGCGGAGUGGACCUGCGGGCCCUGCAGGAAAUCAUAGUGCGCUUCAAGGCCCUGCUUGUCGACCCCACUGAGUUUGCCUGCAUGAAAGCCAUCGUGCUCUUCAAACCAGAAACACGAGGCCUGAAAGACCCAGAUCAAGUGGAGAAUUUGCAGGAUCAGUCCCAAGUGAUGCUGGGACAACAUAACCAGAUACAUUAUCCGAACCAGCCUGUCAGGUUCGGAAAGCUCUUGCUGCUCCUUCCUUCGCUGAAGUUUAUCUCUUCCGAACGCAUCGAGCUGCUUUUUUUCCGCAGGACCAUCGGAAACACUCCCAUGGAGAAGCUGCUCUGUGACAUGUUCAAAAACUGACGCGUUCUUUGGAGUCCCUCUGAGGCUCUGGGGUGGCCUCUCCCUUUGGGAACCUUGGCCUGAAAGGCCGCUUGGGAGCAGAGGCAGGAUCGGCAGCCCUUUCCCUCCCCCUUCAGGGGGGGGGCUGCUCCCAGGAUUUGGCUCAGCUAGAGAUAAGGUGAAGGGGGCAGGGCUUGGUUGUCAAAGACUCGGGCCCUCCAGCUCUCUGCAGGCGGGUCCCCCUGUGCUUUCUUGCUGCUGCGUUCCCGGAUGGGAUUUCUUUGAGCAGAUGAGAACUGCUGCCCACUGGAGAAUGAGCUUGGGAUUCCAGCAGCUGCAGAGGAGAGCCAGAUGCUGGUGGCAUUUUGUAGGGGCACCAGCCGAGAGAUGCUUAUCAGCUAUUCUCCAGCUUGGUAGUUUGCUGGGGGUGGGUGGGAGAGGAGCAGCUUCUUUCUGAGGCACUCAUUCCCAUAAACUGGGAAGUAACUAGUUACUUUUAAAAUACUUCUGCUGUAGCAGCAGCUGAGUACCUAGGGGGCUUAGAAGUUCGCCAGUAAAUAGCUACUUUUAAAAAGUGACUUUGCAAGCUCUAUGGACCAGAUCCCAUGGCUGUGCCGUUUCUUCUUCUGGAGCUAUCCGGCCAACAAAAGGGACAGAGCCCUCCAGUUCCAGCCUCACUGAUCAUCACACAUUCUGCAAAACCCACCCACAGAUGCUGGGAAGGGUCAUGUGCCCUGUCCCAUGGGGAUGGGAGGGCAGGCGAGUGAGAGGGCCAUUAACAAGUAUCAUCGUUUCCCCCCUUUCUGGCCAGAUGUUCUGAAGCAGCCCCAGAGGCAAUGGCUUUGCACUGAUUUGCUGAAGGUUCAAUCCCCACUCACUUCCUCCCCCCAUGCCUGGGGUGGUGGACAAGCCUUGGGCCCAUGGCCUUGGGCUUUGUGUGUGUGUGUGUUGUCUCCU